AUGGCCGAACUUCUGAAGGGCGCGCCAUUAUUUCGCAACAAUCCUGAUGGUCCAGCACAAGCUGCAACAUCAGAUCAGCUCAACAAGAAGGUGGUGUGCCUGUUUUUUGGUGCCAAAGAAGCCGGAAAGGAGUUGAAUGACAAACUGAAGGCCUUUUACGACAAAACGGCGUCUCAGGGCUUUGAGGUAAGGGUUUUAGGUUUUAAUUUGAAGGAAAUAAGUCGUAAAAUAAAUAAAGGUUUAUUUUUUAACUAGGAAGCCUUAUUUAUUGUUAAUCGGUGCCAUUUCCAGCCAUUUUUUUCGUCUUUUUAUUAACUUUGCAGGCUGCGAAAAAAUAACAGAAAGGGCGCGAAGUGCGGCGACUUUUGCUUGAUAGACAUGAGCAACGGGCCGGGCCGGGCCCAAUUUCCAAGCCCGGCCCGGCCCGAUCAGAAAAUUUCUAGGCCCGGCCCGGCCCGUUUUAAAAAAUUUUUAAAAUUUUAAAACUUAAAAACUAAACGGAAAUUUGCCUUUAAAUUGUUUUUUUAGGUCAUUUAUGGAUCAUAGAAUCCAAUAAAAUCGAAAAACAUAAACGGGAAUUAAAAUAAAAAAUUUUAAAAAAUUAAAAAAUUUUCUUUUCGGGCCCGGGCCCAAUUUUCAAGCCUGGCCCGUUUUCGAUUUUGCUCAGGCCCGGCCCGUUGCUCAUGUCUAGCUUGAUUUUCAGCUAUUUUUUAGCCGCAGAAUGGUCCAGAUAAGGUAGAACAACAUGUUCUUGAUAGUAUUUCAUAGUUUCCCAAUUGACUUUUAGUUUGUUAGCCAAAACGGUGUUAUUUCGACAAUAAUUUGAUCAAUUUCAGGUGGUGUACGUAUCUCACGACAACAAUGAAAGCGAAAUGAAAGAAUUCCUCAAAACCCAUCCGAAGUGGCUGUUCAUCAAGUAUGGAGAUCAUCGUGCAAUGUAAGUUUUUUUAUUUGGAUUGAAUUUAGGGGUGACGACAAUAAGGACGGACUUUGAUUUUGGCGGUUAAUUGAUGUUAUGGUUGAUAUGUUUUACUUCUAACUCGAAAUUUAGGAUGAAUUUAACAGUUUUUACAAAAUUAAUUUUGACUAUGAUCUUAUACAUCUUUUAAGUUAGCAUUUGUUAUGUUUAGGGCUAGAAAAGAAACGAAAACAUAAAGAUAUUAUUUUAGAUGGCCAGAUUGAUGGUUAAUAUUUUUGUUGCAGCUUCAACUUUUAGCUGAUUUUUGUGUGAUUUUUUUAGUAUACGGUUUAAUUACUGUUUUUUUUAUAUUAUGGGCUUGAUUAAGAUUAAUUUCGUUGUUGUUUCAGCUCGUUAUUGCAAAGAUACCAGCUGAAGGCCAUUCCAUCGCUGAUUUUGGUCCAAAGAGGUGGAACUCCGCUUGUUGGUGAUGCGUUGAAUGACAUUUAUGUAAGUAACUGUUUUAUUUUGUAAUUUGAGGUAAUGCUGCAAAGAUUUUGAGUCAUUUUAAGAAAGGUAUUUAUAAUUUAGGUAAAAAGUUUUAAAUUUAUAAAAUUUAGGUAUUAAAACGAGGUUAUCUGCUUUUUAUAUAUAAAAUUGAAGCUUUUUAUGUUUAAAAAUGUAAACUUUCUACUAAUGAUCUUUUCAGUACAACAAAGACCCUCAUACACUUUUCGACAAAUGGCGCAAAGCUACGACCGAGUGA